GCUCUAGAACUCUAAAUGUAAAAGAUAUGGAGGAUGCUCAAAAUAAUUUAAUUCUGUUAUUGUGCAAGAUGGAAUUGAUUUUUCCUCCAGCUUUUUUUGACAUAAUGAUACACUUGGUAUUGCAUUUGCCUGAAGAAGCGAUAUUGGGUGGCCCGGUCUUUAUGAGAUGGAUGUAUCCUUUUGAAAGGUACAUGAAAAAAUUGAAGAAUUAUGUGGGAAAUAAGGCACGUCCUGAAGGGUCAAUUGCAGAAGGUUAUGUUGCUGAUGAGGCAGUAACCUUUUGUUCAAUGUACUUUAAAGGGUGUGAAACAAGAUUUAAUCGGCUUGAUCGAAAUGAAGAUGCGCCUUCUGUUUGUCGCUAUCUCUCAGUUUUUAAUUCUCAAUCUCGUCCUUUAACUAGCGGACUUAUCAAGCCUCUUGAUCAUAUCAGUCGUGAAAAAGCUGAGUGGUACAUUCUUCAAAAUUCUCCUGAAAUCCAAGCUUACUUAGAUGAACAUUUGGACAAGAUCAGGCAUGAAUAUCCUAAUGGUAAUCACGAUAUCUUGCAUAGGCAAACUUUCCGUUCGUGGUUUCAUAAGAAGGUAUAACGACAAAAUUGUAAAGUUUUAAUUCAAUCAUUUAUAUUCCUCUCAUAUUAAUACAUUUUAUGUAUUUAGAUAUAUGAGUUGCACAAGCUUGGAACUUUACAAAAUGGUGAUGAGUUACUCGCUCUCGCUUCCGGGUCCGAUUACUUAGCAACAUUUUACGAAGGUUGUGUAGUGAAUGGUGUUCGGUUUAUUGCAUCAAAGCGAGACCAAAAGCGGAAGACACAAAAUAGU